CCCACGAGGAGUUGCCGAUGUUGCAUUGAUAUGCAUUUUCUGGGGUAAAUCAUUGGCUGCCUUGCGCAACGGAGAUACAGGUCAGACUAUUGUUCGUCCUCGACAUGGCCACUUCUACACUUCACCGCACGUUCCGCGCUAGCUUCAUUUACGUAAUUCGCACUCAGGGUUUCAAGUAUAUACUCCGAAUAUCCGGGUCACCUCUUUUAUGCAAAUGCUUUGUAGCGAGCUCGCCGCAUCAGCUGUGGUGCCGAGUUGCCGACAUCUUCAAUUGUAUCCGACUCCCUAACGGCACAACAUUGCCGUGACACUGCAAAUGUUAAUGGGCGUGCUGGCGAUGGUAGAACGUUACCAUCAAGUCAGCCUUUGGCCGACUGUGCCGGAUGCCGUGGACUACAUAUAUAUCUGUCAUGGAUUAUAUCCUCUCCUAUCAACUAUAUAAGCCGUCGAACCGCCGCUACUCGAGACAAUGGCAUUGUGCAAUAGCCUUCUAUUCGACCAAGAAACCCAUUUCUGACACCUCAUACUACUUUGUUCACACGUCACCAACAUGAAGUACACCACUGUCCUUGCAGCGCUCUGCGGCAUUGCGGCUGCUGCCAACCCCCGAGGCACCAAGCUGCGUCACCGUAACGUUCUUGAGCGCUCGCAGGUGUCCCGCGCUCCUUCGUCGCGUGUAAACCAGAGAAUCCCGAACCCUAACAAGUCUAUUGCCAGCCCCAACGACUACUCUAGCAACUGGUCUGGUGCUGUCCAGAAUGCGUCUGGCAUCACAAAGAUCACCGGAACCAUGACGGUGCCCAGUGUCAGCGGCGGCAGCCAGUACGGUGCAUGCGCUUGGGUCGGCAUUGACGGUGACUCUUGCCAGAGUGCCCUCCUACAGACCGGCCUCUUCUUCUAUGGCGAUGGAACCUUCCAGGCCUUCUACGAGUGGAUUCCCGACAAUGCAUCCUUCUGGGACAACUUUGGUAUCAGUGUCGGAGACCAGGUUCGCUUCACCGUCGAUGCCACGUCCACUGCAACUGGCACGGCUCUUGUUGAGAACCUGACCACCGGCCAGUCCGUCAACUAUCAAUGGAGCAACCCUCCCUCCACUCUUUGCGAAGCCAAUGCUGAGUGGAUUGUCGAGGACUUUUCCGAGGGCGGCAGCCUUGUCCCCUUUGCCAACUAUGGCUCUAUUACCUUUAGCAACGCAGUUGCCACAACCUCGUCUGGCUCGGUUACUCCCGCCGGUGCUAAGAUCUACGACAUCCAGGGCAAGUCUACCUGCUCUAUUAGCGGCGAUGACGUUACUUGCAACUACAUUGGUAGCUAAAUACCCAUGUGACCCCGUCACUUGUACAUACUACAUAUAUAGCCAGACUGCAUAUAUAGUACUUUCUUUUCAAUUGGCCCGCGC